UGCGAUAUUAACCCGGGAGGCGGCGGCGGGGAGGGGAGAGGCUCUGAGAGGCGAGGCCCGGUGAGGCGGCGAGGGCGGCCCGACGGGCGCGGGACGGGACGGGGCAGCGCGGGCGCCGGGAGCCGCAGCCCGGAGUCGGGGCGCCUUGCCCCGGGCCCCCCAGCAUGAAGACCCCGGCGGACACAGGGUUUGCCUUCCCGGAUUGGGCCUACAAACCGGAGUCCUCCCCUGGCUCCAGGCAGAUCCAGCUGUGGCACUUUAUCUUGGAGCUGCUGCGGAAGGAGGAGUACCAGGGCGUCAUCGCCUGGCAGGGAGACUACGGGGAGUUUGUCAUCAAGGACCCUGACGAGGUGGCACGGCUGUGGGGUGUCCGAAAGUGCAAACCCCAAAUGAACUAUGACAAGCUGAGCCGGGCUUUGCGCUAUUAUUAUAACAAACGCAUUCUGCACAAGACCAAGGGGAAACGGUUCACCUACAAGUUCAACUUCAACAAACUGGUGCUGGUUAAUUAUCCGUUCAUCGAUGUGGGGCUGGCUGGGGGUGCAGUGCCCCAAAGUGCCCCUCCAGUGCCGUCGGGUGGUAGUCACUUCCGCUUCCCUCCCUCAACGCCCUCCGAGGUGCUGUCUCCCACCGAGGAUCCCCGUUCACCACCGGCCUGCUCUUCAUCAUCAUCCUCUCUCUUCUCGGCUGUGGUGGCCCGACGUCUGGGCCGAGGCUCAGUCAGUGACUGUAGUGAUGGCACAUCAGAGCUGGAGGAGCCACUGGGAGAGGAUCCCCGGGCACGACCGCCUGGCCCUCCGGAGCUGGGUGCCUUCCGAGGGCCCCCACUGGCCCGCCUCCCCCAUGACCCUGGUGUCUUCCGUGUCUACCCCCGGCCCCGGGGUGGCCCUGAGCCCCUGAGCCCCUUCCCUGUGUCGCCUCUGGCUGGGCCUGGCUCCCUGUUACCCCCCCAGCUGUCCCCAGCUCUGCCUAUGACGCCCACCCACCUAGCCUACACACCUUCACCCACGCUGAGUCCUAUGUACCCCAGUGGUGGUGGCGGCCCUAGUGGCUCAGGGGGAGGAUCCCACUUCUCCUUCAGCCCUGAGGACAUGAAACGGUACCUGCAGGCCCACACCCAAAGCGUCUACAACUACCACCUCAGUCCCCGAGCCUUCCUGCACUACCCUGGGCUGGUGGUGCCUCAGCCUCAGCGCCCUGACAAGUGCCCACUGCCACCCAUGGCACCUGAGACCCCACCAGUCCCCUCCUCGGCCUCGUCUUCCUCUUCCUCCUCUUCAUCCCCAUUCAAGUUUAAGCUGCAGCCACCUCCGCUAGGACGCCGACAGCGGGCAGCUGGAGAGAAGGCUUCCGGGAGCACUGACAAGAGCAGCGGGGGCGUUGGCAGUAGCUCAGGUGUGUUGGCUGAGGGGGCAGGUACACUGGCUCCACCACCACCGCCACCCCAGAUCAAGGUGGAGCCCAUCUCAGAAGGCGAGUCAGAGGAGGUGGAGGUGACUGACAUCAGCGACGAGGAUGAGGAAGAUGGGGAGGUGUUCAAGACACCCCGUGCUCCCCCCGCUCCCCCCAAGCCAGAGCCCGGCGAGGCACCUGGGGCAGCCCAGUGCAUGCCCCUCAAACUACGCUUUAAGCGGCGCUGGAGUGAAGACUGUCGCCUGGAGGGGGGCGGGGGUUCCUCUGGGAGCCUUGAGGAUGAGGGUGAGGACAAGAAGGUGCGUGGGGAGGGCCCUGGGGAGGCUGGGGGUCCCCUUACCCCAAGGAGGGUGAGCUCUGACCUUCAGCAUGCCACAGCCCAGCUCUCACUGGAACACCGAGAUUCCUGAGGGCUGUGGGCAGGGGUCCCAGGUAUCCCCUCCUCCCCAUGCUUUCGCUGCCUUAACCACCCCCCAAAGCCUGGAGGUGAGGGCAGCUCUCUAGUCUCUUCCCUGCCUCCUUCCUUUUUCCUCCCCACAUUUUGUAUAAAACUCUUUUUUUUUUUUUUUUUUUUUUUUUUUUAAAUAAACGGUAGGGUGGGUGGGUGGCCCAGGGCUGGGGACUGUCUCUUCUCCAUCUCUGGGUUUCAAAGCUCCGGGCAAAGAGGUGGUGGGGGGAGGGAGGGGGAAGAUAAGGGGGUCCACCCCCAUUCUGGGGAUUUCUAUUUGAACUGAGGCUUUGGCCUUAACACCCAGGAACCUUUUUUUUAUUACAAUCGUAGGAAGUAAAGCCUUUUCUCUCUCCCUGUCACCUGCCUCUUACCUUGUCCUCCUUCCCCCCCUCCUCCCUAGCUCCCUCUGAGCCCCAACCCUGCCUUCCUUGCCCCUCCAGGGGCUGUGAGUGCCUGGGUUUCUCAUACCCCACAAGGUUGCAGCAGGGGCUGGAGGGACAAUUUUAUGAACCAAAAAUUCUGUGGGGGUGGUGGGGUUGGGGGGCAGAGGAAGGUGAGGGGUGCCACCCAUGGGCCACAUAUUUCUACAAGUGCCUGUUCUCCACUCCUCACCCCAGUACUGGUCCAGCCCCUUCAUACCCACUCCCAGCUGCUCCUAGGACUGGCCCGUGGGCAGGUGGGUCGAGGGACAGGAAAGGGGUCCCCUGAAACCAAACUGGAAGCCCCUCUCUGCCUCCCAGCUGGGGCCCUAGGGGUAUGCUGAGGGGCUGUGGUCAAGCCUUACUCUGUAUUGGGAAUGGAGGGUGGGUGGGGGAGUAAGGGGGCUGCUGGAGAAUGUAUUCAAAACAAUAAAACUUUGGACCUUU